AUGGACGUUUUACAAGUAAAACGAUACUUUCCUGCUGGAGAAGAACCAGACUUGAAGAAAAAUAUGAACGAUGUAUGCAAGUUUGGGAAUUGCAUGUCAGAGUUGAAGAGGAUCAUGAGUGAAGAAGAAUGGGGUGGAAUGAGGGCUUCUGUCUUUGGAUUUUUGUUCAGGCUAUUUGACAAUGGAUUUUCCAUAUCCAAAGUCAUGCUUCACCACAUUCUAGCUCGACAGAUCGUAACGACAAAGAAGUACGAGAUGUGGUGUAUGUUUGGGCGCCAACCUUUAAGGUUUUCUUUGUUGGAGUUCAGGGAACUGACAGGAAUGCUCUGCCACAAGGAUCCUGAGAACAUAGUGAUGGAGGGUGAGGACCAGGGACGUUUUGGUCAGCUUGCAAAGAAGAAUGUUACUCUGAAGGACUUGUUGGACAUGCUAAGCAUGGAAGGUUGGACUGCGGAUGACAGAAGAAGGUUGCACUAUUUGGUGAUUGUGUGUGGAAUUCUAGUCCCUCAAGAGAAAAGGAGGCCAGUUGAGAAGACUUAUAUGAAGUUGGUCAGCAACUUGGCUGAGUUUGAAGCAACCAACUGGGGCAGAAAGUCCUUCGUCCAUCUACUGGAGUCAAUUCACUUGCUUGAUAUGACACAGUUGACCAAAACAAAUUACACAGUCCAUGGAUUUAUUCUCGGCCUUCGACUCUGGGCGAUGGAAACAAUCUCCACACUCGGCGACAUGUUUUCAAAAUUUGAAGGGUCAAUUCCACCACUUGGUGGUAAAUGGGGUCUUUAUUGCAAGAGAAUUGAUAACGACAUGGUGACUGAGAUAGAAAAGAGUUGUGGCAUUCUACACUACAUUAUCCCUCUUUCCACUGAAUGUAGUGAGUUUGAAGAUGAGGUUGAGGACGCCACAGUCACCAAAAUGUUGGAAUUGCUUUCCAACAAUCAAUCAUUGUUGAUUGGGAGAAGCACAUCCGAUGAUGCCCCAACAGAGGGGAGAUGUCGUAGUGCUGAGGAGACUGAAGGGAACACAGUAAUGGCAGUUAGUCAGGAGGAACCUCAGACUGUUUCAAGUGAGGGAGACGAAGAUUUUGUGGUGCAACCCCGUCCGAGGAAGAAACAGAAGAAUGUAGUAAUUGUGGAGGACAACAGCGUUGGUGUUCCAUAA